CGGAAUCCGAGCGUCGACGGGGUAGCAGGACCUACAUAAGCAGGUGAUGGGUCUGGAUAGUUGUGCAUACUCUGCGCUUUCAUUAGACGCUUUCUGCAGCCAUGGCCACUACCCAUCGCGCAGCUCUCAUGAGCGGUCCCGGCAAGCCCCUAGAGGUAGCAGAUGUGGAUUCCAUUCACGCCGGCCCGGGCGAGGUCCUGAUCAAGAAUUAUUCCAUCGCGCUGCAACCCCUCGAUGCGAAGAUGCUGAUUGCAGGGUACGGUCCAGCUGCGCAGCUAGCAUACCCCGCUGUUCUCGGCACCAGCGGUGCAGGCAUUGUCCAAGAGGUAGGCGACCAGGUCCAAGGGCUCGCUGUGGGCGACAGGGUGGUCUUCGACACCAAAGCAUAUGUCAAUGCCAGCGAGAACCGACGGACGGGUACCUGGCAGCAAUUGGUUGCGUGCGACUCCAAGACGGUAGCAAAGAUUGGCGACGUGUCUCUCGACCAAGCCGUAUUGGUGGAUUUUCCGCUACAGACUGCCGUCGCCGCUCUCCACGUCUUUCUUGGCAUGGGGAAACCUGGCAGCGGCACUCCCGAAGAAAAGAUACUUGUCUGGGGUGCUGGAGGCGCAGUCGGUUCCUAUGCCGUCCAGUUCGCGAAACAAGUAAGUCGGCGAUCCCAAUCCUACCAUAGCACGCCUUGGCAUAAGUUAACAAGCCCCAGGCAGGCUAUAAGUACCGUAGUCGUCACAGCCUCGCCCCGAGACGUCGAGCGUCAGAUGCAGCUCGGAGCCUCAGAGGUAGUCAACUACAGAGACGCCGAUAUCGUCGACAAGCUGCGCAAGUCUGGCCCAUACAAGUAUCUUUUCACAGCUAGCGGCGACGCAGCUUCUCAGAAAGCGCUGGCAUCUCUCGUCGAGCCGAGCGGAGGCGCCUUCGCCAGUGUCUUGCCGAGCACGGUUGAGCUGCCAUCCAAUGUCAACGUCAUCUACACGGCCUUUUCGCAAGCCGCGCAAAAGGACGAGUAUUCCGAAUGGCGCGACUGGUGGUACCAAGAGUAUCUGCCGCGGGUUUUUUCAGAAAGCCUAGUUGAGCCCGUGGAAUUCACAAAAGUCGGCGGCGGGUUGUCAGCAUUGCAGCAGGCCAGCCAGGAUGUGUUUGAGGGGAAGAUCAAGGGGAAGCUCGUCAUCAAUCCUCAAGAAUAGAUGGUAACCCGGCGAUUGUGCGUCUUGAUUGUCGUGUGUGCGUGUGUGUGUGUGUCUGCCUAG